AUGGAGACUAAGGUUGAUGAAGAAGCUGGGGUCAAUGGUGCUGGUGGCGCCAUCAAAGAAGAGAAAGCUCCACUCUUGAAAGCUCAAGAGUUUCCUGAAGUCGAAAGGAACAACUGGAUACACAAGGCAAUAGGUCAGACAUUUAAGACCACAGCUCAUCUAGCUAACCAUUUACCCACAGGGACAGCUCUUGCGUACCAGGUCUUAUCGCCAGUUCUCACUAACGGUGGACGCUGCGAUUUCGCUAGCAGAUACAUGACAGAAAUGCUUGUUUCCAUCUGCGCAUUCACUUGCUUCAUACUCAGCUUCAGUGACUCUUACAGGGACUUGAAUGGAACUGUUUGCUAUGGAUUCGCCAUGACCAACGGCCUCUGGAUAAUCGAUGGCAAAGCUGUUCUUCCUAAAGAACGUUCCAAAAGCUACAGACUACAGUUUAUAGACUUCGCACAUGCCUUUAUGACGCUUCUAGUGUUUGGAGCCGUGGUUAUGUUUGAUCAUAAUGUGGUCAACUGUUUCUUCCCCAAACCAUCAGCUGAAGUAGCCGAGCUUCUCUCAGCUUUACCCGUAGCCAUAGGAGUCUUUUGCAGUAUGAUGUUUGCUACAUUUCCUACUACACGCCAUGGAAUUGGCUUUCCACUCUCUGCCCAUUGCUAAAUGAUGUUCUGAUUCUAAAUGUAAUAUCUUCAUAACCUCUUCGACUUGUUUGUUUCAGCUGUCUUCAUCUAAUCUUUCUUGUAUUUAGAUCUCCAAAUCUCUGAGAAGAGAUUCUGAAGCUUCUCCUACAAUCGUUUUGUCCAAUGUAUGACCUAUUAGUACCUUCCAUGUUCCUUUA